UAUGAUUCAGAGGAAGAAAUAAUUGAUGAUAAAUAGGAGCAGUUCUUAACAAUUUUUAAAUACAAUUGACAAUAAUUUAACACAGCUUCUUAAAUUUUUGAAGGAAAUUGUAUUUGGACUUCUUUAUAAUUGCCAAGUAAUUAAUAAGUGGAAAAAUAAAUAUUUUAAUCUGAAAUUUUGCCUCAAUGUAUUAUUAUAUUAUUUUAGAAAAACUAAUUAUUAAUGCAAUAAUCCAAAUUGGUUUGAUCCAAAGCUAACAACAAUGCCAAUUAUUUAUAAUAUUUUUAGUAAUUUUGAAAAUAUAUACAAAAUAGAUACUUUUUAAGACUAAAUGUAAUUUCUUAAUAAAGUAUUCAACUUAAGUUAGUGUAAAUUUUUGUUAACAAAUUUUAAUGAAGGAAAUCCAACUUUAUUUAAAGAAAAAGGAAAAGUAACGUUUUUCCUAAAUUAUUAGAUGUAUCUAUCAAAUUGUGAAUUUAUUUUCUAUAGAAACUGUGAGGAAGGAUAAUUACCAAAAAAUACAGAUGAAGAAGAAUUCUAUUUGGAUAAUGAGACUUAUUUUAGAUAUAAAGAUAAUAAUUUUAAAUAUAUGGUUGCACCAUCUUAAUAAAUAAUGUUAACAUAUUUGAAAAAAUAAUUUUGUGAAGAGGGAAUAUUUUAUGAUAAAUUUUCGAUGUUUGAUAUUCUAGAAAAAAUAAAGUAUAACAUAACAUAAAAAAAACUAGAAUAUUUUUUGAAGAGAAGACAGAAAUAAAUGUCUCAUUAGAUAUCUAGAUUUGGAAUCUGCAACUUAAACAAUCGCCAUAAUGUAUAACUAUGAAUUUAAUAAGAGAAAAAUUCACAUUUUUUUUUUUCUAAAAGGAAUCCUGA